AUGAGCUCAAGAGAGCAAAAUGGACAUGCCCAGAGCUUGCCUCCAAAAAAGCGCGUUCUCGUCUCUUCCCAACAGGCCACGAUCGCCGAGCGACAGCCAGAGAAUAACAUGACAGCGACUCAGAAGAUCACGCAGGUACCCGUGGUUGUGCGGACGCAAUCGAUGGCCACGCCGAUCGUGAUGGCCUCCUACCCUGUCCAGUCGACCAGCUGUAUACCGACCAUGUACAUCCCUAUGCCGAUUCAAGGAAACCAUCAGACCACCGUUCAAUACGGUGCGGCUACGUAUCAGACUGCCAGUCAACCAGUUGUUAAAGUACAGACGGUGCAAUACAGCCCGCAGAAACCUGUGGUAACGAAUGGAAUCACGCACGCAAUCAAGAUGGCUCCAAAACGUACGAACGCAGUUCCCGAAGCUCAGAAGACAGUGACUUACAUCACGGGCCACAACAUAGGGCAGCGCGUGGAAGCGCCUAAACAACAAAUCGUGAUGGCGUCACCAAAGAUGACAACCGGCUUUAUCAGGGCGGUUCAACCCCCGCAGAACAUUCAGCGCAGCAUCAAACUCGAUUCUGGAGCUUCUUGCGUUCCCGACGUAAAGAUCGACACUCAGGCUCCGAUAAAAUAUUAUCAGUUGAAGAAGCCAAAUCAGAACUUUGUGCCUGUGCAACAGCCGGAAGUGUCGAACACGAGCUUGUCAAUGCCGGAGUCGACAGAUUGCUUCUUCAAAGGGAGCACGAUCACGCUCGAGAAUGGCGAGUGCAAGAAAAUCGAGGAUCUGAACCAAGAUGACUUUGUCAAGUGCGCGCAAGUGACGACGGACAAGAAACUCAUUCGAAGUGUGUUGACGGAAAUGACAGAGAUGAAGAUGAAAAGCGCGAUGGUUAGUCUCCACUUCCGUGUGCAGGUCACCGGACAAAAUGUAAUAGUGGAAGCGCCAACAAAUUACCCAUACUUUACAAAGGACGGUUGGGCCUCCGUCGAUCCUUUAGCUACUGAACGCAGUUACAGACUUAAAUGCAGAAAAUUAGCGAAGGGAGAUGAGAUCUUUUCCAUCGAAAAAGAGUCCUCCGACGAGCAAGAAAGCCAGUUCAUCCCCGUUUCCUCCUCUGUCUCUUCCAGCCAGCCCCAGAAAAAGAGCAUCAUCGAAACAACAUUUGGUAGUGGUGGAGCGUUCCGUCCAAUUCACGAAAAACCAAUGUCCGAAUAUCGCGCCAACUUCCCCACAAUCACUUCUAAUACGCUGCAGAGUUGCAACUCGCACGCUCCACUCGAGCAAGACUGCAGCGAACGCAACUUCUUUCGAAACCGACUCGAUAGCAGAGGGAAGAAACUGAGAAAGCGUAGAGCUUCUGAUUCUGAUAUCCGGAGAGAACGUCGUAGCGAAAGUAGAUAG